CUGCAGAAAGGAGGCGGGCUGAAUGCUGAGUGGAGGAGGGAGGGGAAAGGUUAUGUGUGGUUAUAGCUCUAUCCCAAGGGGAGCCUGAAACUCUCACAUUCCUGGCAUAGCAAAGCUAUUGAAACACUAGGGCAGCUUGAUUGCUGCGGGUUCAGUCUGCUCAGCGCUCUCAGACAGCAGCACACACAGCUCUCUGCAGCACAGGCGCACCGGCAGCCCAGACGCAGCGCACACAUUGGCUAUGCUCGGGCUCUCUCCAAGAGUCGAAAUAGGAUUAUAAUUUAUUACUUUUAACCCCUCUGGGCUUGACUGAGGAUUGUUUUUUUUUUUUGUUAACUAUGAGAACAGCAGAGGAUUCCUCUGGAACGGUUCUCCACCGUCUCAUUCAGGAGCAACUGAGAUACGGCAACCUUAGUGAUAACCGCACAUUGUUGGCUAUCCAGCAGCAGGCUCUGCGGGGUGGAGGUGGCAGUGGAAGUCCCAGGUCAUCCCAAGAAAGUCUUGAACAAGAAGAGGUUCAAAUGGCUCCUUCAGCCAGGCAAGAACCCCAAGGGCAGGAGCAUCACUGUGACCAUUUCUACUUGGAAAACCCUAUGUAUAAGGCUUAUGAAAUUCAGCACAAAGGAGAGGAAUUGCCAACCUAUGAAGAAGCCAAAGCUGCACUUUCACAGUACUAUGGAGCCCAGAACACCCAGCCAGUGGAACAUGAUGGUCAUCUGCAGGACCAAUCCCUUAUGGAUUUGAAACAUGGCCAUGUCAGGUCCUUAAGCGAACGUCUGCUGCAGAUGUCUUUGGAACGAAACGGAGCCAUGCCUCAAAACCUUAUUAGCUCCUCUCAUAGCUUUCCACAGCUUUCAAGGCAUUACCAGCUAUCAGUGGCUCAUGGGCAACAGGAAGAUAUGGGACAAUAUAGGGGUGCUCCUCCAGAGUACCCUCACUAUAAUCAACCAGUACAGGACAUACGAGGAUACACAUCAGAACAGAGAUAUUAUUCUGGGGAUCUGCCUGUAUACCACCAGUCUCAAGUCAGACCAAUUCAAGAUCCUAAUCUAACCUACGGUCCAAUCGCAGCAUUCAAUGCAGCCGGAACCCAUAUGGCUGGAAUGGAUGCCCUUCUGAGAGAAAACGAGAAAUUGCGUAGGGAGCUGGAGAACUACAGUGAGAAAGCUGUUAAGAUUCAGAAGCUGGAAACUGAAAUACAGCGUAUCUCUGAAGCCUACGAGAGUCUCAUGAAGGCAUCCUCCAAACGCGAGUCCCUUGAGAAUGCCAUGAGAACCAGGAUGGAAGGAGAGAUCAGGCGCAUGCAGGACUUCAACCGAGAUCUAAGAGAACGACUGGACUCUGCUAACAAACAGCUGUCUGCUAAGAGUGUGGAGCAGAGGGAGGACUCUCAUGGAGCCGUGUCAAAACUCAUUGCUCAAUGUCGUGAGCAGCAGCAAGAGAAGGAGAAGCUGGAGAGGGAAGUAACGCUCCACCGAAGCGCUAACGAAGAUCAGCGCCGGCGAGCUGAACUGCUGGAGCAAGCGCUAAGUAAUGCACAGUCCAGAGCAGCUCGCGCAGAGGAUGAGCUACGCAAGAAACGGGCAUAUGUAGAAAAGGUGGAGAGGUUGCAGCAGGCAUUGAGUCAACUUCAAGCUGCCUGUGAGAAGAGGGAACAACUAGAGUUGCGACUGCGGACACGGCUGGAGCAAGAGUUGAAGACUCUAAGAGCUCAACAGAGGCAACCAUCUGCACAGAGUGCGUUGCUGACUCCAGAGCUCAGUGCUUCAGUAUUAUCUGGGCAGCUGAGGGAGAAAGAGGAGAGGAUUCUCGCCUUAGAGGCUGACAUGACCAAGUGGGAACAGAAGUAUCUGGAGGAGCGCACUAUGCGCCAGUUUGCGAUGGAUGCGGCUGCUACUGCCGCUGCUCAACGAGACACGACAAUUAUCAACCAUUCACCUCGACACUCUCCCAACAACAGCUUUAAUGAGGAUUUGCUGAUGGUCAGCCACAGGCAUCAAGAAAUGGAAAUCAGAAUCAAAGCUCUACAUGCUCAGAUACUGGAGAAAGAUGCAAUGAUCAAAGUUUUACACCAACGCAAACCACACCAGGGGCCCCUACGACCUGCUAAGUCUGUCCCAUCAAUUUUCGCACUAACGUUGCCCAACCAAACCUCAGCCCAAAGCGAAAGGCUAGGAGUAACAGGUAACGCAUCAAACGAACCGCAAACCUCUUGCACCAGUAUCUCUCCUACUCACUCCAAGCAUGGGAGCAAGGAUGGCUUCACCCAGACAGACUAUGUAACUGAUCAGACGACGGUGUCAGAUAGAAAUACACACUCCUCAUUAGAAUCCUUGGCUUCAUCGAAGAAUACAAACUUUUCUGACAUGGUGGAGAUCCUUAUCUGAGCUACUCUGCCUGCUCCAUGACCAUGGGGAACCCAGCAGGGGGUUCUUCUAGCAAUUAUCCGGCAAAUCUGCUGAAUCCAGUCAAGCUUAGGCGUUUGCACAAGGUUCCAGAUAACAGUGCCGUCAAUAAUCUGGAGUGAGGAGUAUAACUGCUUCACUUCUUCAUUGAAUAUGAAGCUUGGAGUAUCACCAAAAUCCGUGCUGCAGUUUGGAAGAUGAAUAUAUAGGAAAGAAAGGUUAAGCACUUUGAGGACAUCUCCGCAACCUGGUCAAAUCCAUCUGAAGUUGAAGACUGUGUAAAGUGAAUGUGAUUCUUUAUCAUGGAUAAGGGACAGAGUAGGAUCUCAGAUACACAGCCCAUCUUUGUGGCCCUUCUUAAGGCCUCCCUGUUAAUUAUUGGACUUGUAUUCCAGGGGAAGCAGAUUGAAGUCACUUUAGACUUUGAAAGCUGCCAAGGGCCAAUAUUUUUUGCUGCUAGAGAACGACAGUCAACUGUAGGGGAGUCAAGUGGUUGAAAGUUACAAAAUUCUUGUCUUGGACAUUUUUCAUGUACAUAUUUUUAUGUAAAUUCUAUUGUCUUAGUAUUUAUAUCACUGACUUUAUUUCACUUUGUCUCUCUGACCUUCCAUACUGUGUUAAGGCUCAGACCCAUAACCAUGCCGGGAUCGUAGAUCCGAUCAUGGCUCUUGCGUUACCUCAUAUGAAGCUUAUUUGGGAUGUCCCUGUGACAGUAAUAUAUUCAUUUCCAGAUCUCGAUAAAUUGUCAGAAAUCACACCCUGUUGUCAUGUAGAACCUCAGCUUCCUUUAUCAUAUUUAUUUUGUAUUAUGAAAAAUUCUCCCCACUUUGUACAUUGUUCUCUUAUUUAACCGCCAUUGCGGGUCAACGGUGGUUUUUUUUUUUUAUUGGCUCAGUUCAUGUGCAAUGUUUACAAUUAGGGCAACGAGAAAAAAAAAACAGCAAAAAAUCCUUCUAUUUCCUCAAUUUUUUUUUAUUCUGCCUGAGGGACUUUCUUUUGCCCCCCUGACAGAGAAAGGGCUUAAAAUGUCAUUUAUAUUUUGGUAUUUUAUUUCUGCCUAUCUGCGCUGUGAAAGUCUGAAUUCUGUUCCAAAAACGUGUGUCUGAGUAUUUUUUUUUUUCUUGUGAGUGUAUUAAGUUAUCGAAAGUAUUUAAAAAUGUAAGCGUGGCUGUUGUUCCUUAAUAUUAUUAUUAUUCUGCUUUAUUAUAUGCUGCCUGGAUACCACCUGGGCCUGCUGUUGCGGACCAGACUAUUGUUAUUUUAAAUACAGAACUAAAUAAAUUUUCAAAGAAAAUA